AUAUGGAUAUUUGGAAAUGGUUAAUAGCAACAUGUGUUGUAGUGUUUUCGUUACAUUCAGUGAACACGAUAGAGUACAUUGGAGGAAAAGGCGGGGCGCCGAAUCCUCAUGCGUUUGUUAAAUAUUGUGGAAUGACCACGGAACCCACAAAAGUUACUCCAAGGACCCUAAGGAAACUGUAUCUAUCCGUCAUGGGCAAGGAUGGAGUCGUCACGCCUUACAACUACUACAAUGUCACAGACAUGCUCGACCACCCUGACAUAGACUUCACGAAAAACAAAACCUACGUUUAUGUCGGGUCGUAUAUGGACGUGACUACGCAUCCUUAUGGGGAGACUAUGUCGAAACUUUAUGUUUCGUUGGGCUAUAAUGCGCUGAUUUUGAAUUAUAUGGAUAUACAUUGGAAGAAUUUUCCGUUCCCUGUCGCCGCAAAGCUCAUGCAUCCAGUCAGCAAAUACGCCGGCGAAAUGCUAGCCAACCUAACCGCUGUCGGCCUAGACCCAAAAAGACUAGAACUAGUUGGCUGGGGCUUCGGCGCUCAGACCAUGGGCCUCGUCGCUAAGAACUACAGAGAAAUCACCGGGAAAAACAUCUCUAUGCUCAUCGCUUUGGAUCCAGCUGGUCCCUGCUUCAGAACGCUAGGACCAGCGGAUAGAUUAGACCCGUCUGACGCAGACUUCGUUCUAAGCAUAGUUACAAACAUGGACGGUCAAGGAAUAGCCACACCUCUCGGACAUGUGACAUUUUACCUCAAUGGCGGGGAAUACCAGCCUGGCGACAUCUGGUAUGUACCCUGCGACGUCGUUUGCAGUCAUGUAAAAGCAUACUUCUUCUGGUUAGCUGCUUUGCUCAACCCAAAGUCGUUCAUUGGAAUGAAAUGUGAUACGAUACAGCAGGCAAGACAGCACGAAUGUUACGAUAGAAAGCCUAUGGUCAUAAAUACGAUGGAUAUGAGAAUAAAUAAGAAGAAAACGGGAAUAUUUUAUUUGGCGACGGCUAAUAGUUAUCCGUAUUGUAUGGGGAAAAGGGGCUUGAAGAAGGAGGAAAACAUGGUUAUGAGUCAGCUGUCGAUGCUGAAUGAAGAAGAUGUUUUGACAAUAUAGAUUGAAGA